UCUGAAGGAAUUAAAUAGGGCCUCUCCAUUUCACUGGUUGGAGGGAGAAUUUGGCUUUUAUAUGUCUGUGGGAAAGGGGCUAUCAGUCUCCUUUGAGGAGGUGGCCGUGUUCUUCACAGAGGAGGAAUGGGAUCUGCUGGAUCCAGCCCAGAGAGCUCUCUACUGGGAAGUCAUGCAGGAAAAUUAUGAGACUGCAGCCUCUCUGGGACUUUGGGUGCCCAGGCCAUUCCUCGACCCUCAGCUGCAUUCAAGGGAAAAUCUGUCCCUACGGAGCUCUGAAGAAUCGGGAGAGUAUGAAGAUGUCCAGGAGUCAGAAGGAUAUCUGAUUCCUAAAGAUGACCUCAUCUCUUGCCGGGAGAACAAGGAAGAGCUGUUUGUCCAGGACUCCAAGGAAGCAGAGCUACCAGCAGCAAGGGAUGAGUGGAAGAUGGAGAAUGAGAUGGAUCCAAGAGUAGCGUCUGCAGAAAGGGACAAAGAUCUGGAGGCAGCAGAGGAGAAACAGCUGAGAGGGGAAAAGGAAGCAAAAUGGAAAUUGGUUGCCAGUCAGGGCAAGAACUUGCAUGAUAUCUCAGCCCAAGAUAGAAUGCAGAAGGGAAAGAGGAGGAAGAAGUGCCCUGUGAAUGGGAAAGGGUUCAGUUGCAAUGCCAAUAAUGAGAAAGAUCAGAAAAUCCAAACAGGUGAGAAAAAGCAUAAAUGCAUGGAGUGUGGAAAAAACUUCAGUCAGAGUAAAAGCCUUGCUGACCAUCAAAGAAUUCACACAGGGGAAAAACCGUAUCAGUGCUUGGAAUGUGGGAAGAGCUUCCGUUGGAGAGAGAGCCUUAUUCCACAUCAAAGGAUACACACUGGGGAGAAGCCAUAUAAGUGCUCUAAUUGUAGCAAGAGCUUUUCUGUUAAAUCAAAUCUUACUAUCCAUACGAUGAUUCACACAGGGGAGAAGCCAUAUAAAUGCUUAGAAUGUGAAAAGAGCUUUCCUGGUCUAUCAAGCCUUAUUAAACAUCGGAGGGUUCACACAGGCGAUAGGCCUUAUAUAUGCUUGGAAUGUGGAAAGAGCUUUAGUCGGAGAGACUGCCUUACUUCACAUCGAAAGAUUCACAGAGUGGAGAAGCCAUUUAAAUGCUCUGAUUGUAGCAAGAGCUUUUCUGAUAAAUCAAGCCUUACUAAACAUAAGAAGAUACACACAGGGGAGAAGCCGUACAAAUGCUUGGAGUGUGGGAAGCGAUUCAGUCGCCAUGGCAGCCUUAAUCUGCAUCGAACGGUUCAUACAGGGGAGAAGCCAUAUAAAUGCUCUGAUUGUAGCAAGAGUUUUGCUCGCAAAUCAUUCCUCCAUAAACAUAAAAGGAUUCAUACAGGGGAGAAACCAUAUAAAUGUGUGGAAUGUGGAAAGAAGUUUAGUCAGAAUAGAAGCCUCAUUGUACAUCAAAGAAUUCACACAGGGGAGAAGCCAUAUAAAUGCACGGUUUGUAACAUGAACUUCACAACAAGUAGGAGCCUCACUUCACAUCAAAGAAUUCACGCAGGGGAGAAAUCAUAUGCAUGCUCUGAUUGUAACAAAACAUUUUCUUUUAAAUCGAGGCUUACUGUACAUAUGUGGCUUCACAUGGAGAAGCCAUACAGAUGCUUAGAGUGUGGAAAGAGCUUCCAUCAAAGCACACACCUUAACUCCCAUCUCCUCCUUCACGGACGUGAGAAGCCGUAUCAGUGUUUAGAAUGCGGAAAAUUUUUCAUUAGGAGAGACAGUCUUAAUUCACAUCGACGUAUUCACACUGGAGAGAAGCCAUAUAAAUGUUCAGUUUGUAACAAGAGAUUUUCCUUUAAAUCAAACCUUAUGAAGCAUCUGAAGAUUCACACUGGGGAGAAGCCACACAAAUGCUUGACAUGUGGGAAGAGCUUUAGCCGGAGUGACAAUCUGGCUACACACCAAAGCAUUCAUGCAGGAAAAUCAACAUAAAUUCUAAAGUUGUACUUAAGAGUUUUUUCACAAACUGAGCUUUUCUGUGCAUCUGAGUAUUCUCCCAGAGGAAAUUUCUACCAACCUUGAACAUGGAAAGGGCUUUGGUUGGAAUGCGGGCCUUCACAUGACGAAAUACACACAAGCAAACCUGUCAGCGCUUGGGGCUUUUCUGUACCAAGGUUUUGCUUCGUUCAGCUUCUUAACUGAAGUAGAUUUUUCUCUCCCUUGCACACAGUCUCAUUUGCAGGCUGUUGCUCCUCUGAAGUAAAAUGGAGAACAACAACUGCAAACAAUAUGGUGUAUAAGGGAGUGGAAAAACGUGUUGUUAAGAAGUCGAUCAAAAAUCCAAUGCGGAAAAGCUGUUGAUAGGCUGAAACCGUUUCCCUUGUGAUGCCUUGACUUCAUCUCAAAGAAAGAACAUUGGGGGGAAUUAUGGAAAUGCUGCUGUGAAUGUUCACAGUUGCCAUCCUGUUAUGUGUCCUCUUAUUCUCUGAGGAAUUAAGGGGUGGAACUAUCUAAGCUUAAUUAGUAUGUGGGAAACCAGUCAAGGGUGGGUGACUUUUCUUGUUUGUGACCAACAUGUGGUUUGGGGAAGGUUAGGAAUAGCUAUCUCUCUCAGUCUCUUGAGGGAAAAGCAGACUGGGUUUGAGUGUGUAGAAAGCACCUCCAGUUCUCUCUCUCUCACAGGCAGCCAUUGGGAACUGAUGGGAAGUUGGGGUGAAGCUGACAGUUGAAAACGGUUAAGAACAGCUAGAAAGAGGGAUGGCGGUCAGUGAGAAGAGAAGGGGAGGUGUUUGAGCUUGUAAGAGAUGCAGCAUGCAUUUAAGAGCUGGCUUCUGAGGACUGUAAUUUGCUAGAAUGUUCUGGGAGCAAAAGUUCAGUUAUCAAGAGAAAUGUAGCUCUGCGUUUGAAUCAUCCAACGGUGUUGAAGCUGUAAAUAAAGUGUAACUAUUUUUCCUCUGCUUAAUCCCUGUUGACUAGAUA